AUGCACCACCGACAGCAAAGAAAUCUUCAACCUACACCAAAGCAGCCUCUCUAUAAAGAGAAAAUGCCCUCUAGAACUACAACCUGCCUCUACUCCACAAGUCGCAAUCAUCCAACCCACGUCGCUAACAUACGCCCAAGCCUGCUUACCACCAAGGACUGUUCAAUCUUCUCCUGUCAUGAGCAUAAACAAGACAAACUCAGACGUAAUAAAAAUCCUGAACCUUGCGAUCAGCCAAAUUGGGACUUCAUCGAACUUCAAAGAUACCAUCCUUCUGGCCAUCUCAGACAUAGUCUCACUCAUUAA